AUGAAACUCUCAACUAUCUCCGAUCUACCCCCAAAACCACGCCGACCCCUGGUUUUAAACCUACACCGACUCUCCCGCAGACACCAUCAGUCUCAAAUGAUCUUGGCUAUUUUGCACCUCGCGGUAGUGCCACGAGGUGGAAAUCUGCUGUUUCUACGCCUUCGACACCAAAGCCCGAGGAAGCUACGAAAAUGUCACUGCCGCCUAUGGAGCCACUCAGUCCAGUUCAGGCAUCCGCAACGCUGCCUCAGAACCAAAAGCUUUCUCCGGUGGUAUCGACUUCCAAACCUACAGCGCCAGCUGCCGAGUCACCUCCAUCAAAAACCCAGGCCAAGAAUUCGCCAGUACCAAAGCUAG